AUGCUGCAAACGCGUUGUUGUUUAAGAAGAAAGAACGAUUUUGCCUCGUCCUCACUCCUCGUUGCACUCUUAGCAAUCGCGGCUUGUGCAUCCUCGUUCGUCACCCCGGCUCUUGCGGGAGGUUUGGGAAGAGAAAGAAGGUGCCCGCCAGUUCCAACGGUUUCAGACGUAAGCAUCGAAGCGUACGCCUCGAAACCUUGGUACGUCCAAGCGCAACUUCCAAACAGGUAUCAACCCGUUGAAAACCUUUUCUGCGUGAGAGCGGUGUAUACCGUGACGUCUCCGACGACGUUGGACGUGUUUAAUUUUGCUCGAAAAGGUUCGGUGGAAGGUGAGCCUUCCAACGAAGAUAUGGUCUUGAACGCGUUCAUACCCGACGUCGACGUCAAAAGUAAACUGAAGGUCGGUCCGAAAUUCGUGCCGAGAGCACUAUACGGCGAUUAUUGGAUCGUCGCGUACGAAGAAGAAGAGGGGUGGGCCAUUAUUUCUGGAGGUCAACCUACGAUUUUUGUUUCCGACGGUUUGUGCACCACGGAAAGCGGUAACCAAGGCUUAUGGUUGUUUACGAGAGAGAAGGAGGUUUCCGAGGAACUCGUCGAAACGAUGAAGAAAAAAGCGAACGCGUUGGGCAUCGAUACGAGCAUGUUGGUCACAGUUCAGCAAACAGGAUGCGAGUAUCCGUAA